GCUAUCUACUGAGCGCCUCCCCGUGCGCUCAGCACAGCGCUUGGGGAAAUCCGUCGGCUCGUCCUCCUUCCUGAGCGCUCUCCCAGCGCCUUAAAAAGCGGCCUACUUGCUGAGCGCUUCGGGCCCGUCCGUCCCGCCGACCUACUUGCUGAGCGCUUUGGGAAACCCGGCAGAUCGUCCUAUGUGCUUGAGCGCUUUCGGACGUCUCAUAAUAAUAAUGACAGAGACCUCGUGGAGUUGCAUAAAUCAAGGAGCGACGUGGAUUAGAAGACUCCACCGAGGGGUCAUUCGCCGGACCCUGUGACCCGAUAGUGAUUCCAUCGAAGCCGGGAAAAUGAAAAUAUUGACCUGAGGAGUAAGGUGGGAGGUUUCACUCCCAAACUCAGAAGUCUCUCCUUCAAGCCCAGAUGUCCGUGGCGUGCCGAUGUUCAGCCGGCUGGCUGCUGGAUCAUCUCUCCUUCAUCAACGAGGCCGGCUACCAACUCCACCGGGACCCAAACGUCGUGUCGGCGGCUCCCGGAAACUCCUCUUACGCGGCUCCUAAUUCUGCCCCGGCCUCGCCCGGGACCGAUCGAAGGCCGAGAGAAGAAACUCCGCUGCAAAAAUACGUAUUUCGAGCCGAGCUGUUCCGGGUCAUUAAGCCGCACGUAGUCGAGGCCGUUGGUUGUGGAAAUCAACCGGGACGCGCCGAGUGGGAUGCCAAGGAAGGAAGCGUCGGCGGGGAGAAGGAGGUGGACGGUGGAGGUCGGCGAUCCCUCCCAGCUGCUCCCAAGAAGCGAAAACGAUGCACUGUGCUCAACCAAGGGGAACUGGAUGCCAUUGAAUACCAUUCAAAGAUCAGAGGGUUGAUACUGGAAGGCACCACAGAAUUAGUUCAGAAAGGCCUCGCAGGUGGUUUCCUUCAUCCCCUUUCCGGAAAAGAAAACGGUUCCGGCAAGACGAGCGCCGAAGGACUCGGUGGUUGCAGACUGGCAGAGCUGUGUGACAUGGCAAAGCGGCUGCCCGUAGAGGAUGAAAAUAAGUGCCAGCCAGUUGGGGCCAGCGGGGAAGAAAUGUGCAUUCCAGAGCAGGAUCUGUUCUCGCGGGUUACAGAAAACCGCUCCGACUUGACAAAGACCUUAACAUUAAUGGGACAGAAAUAUUUGGUGCCCCCAAAGAGCAGUUUCCUGCUGUCCGAUAUUUCCUGCCUGCAGCCGCUUCUGAACCAUGGAAAAAAAUAUGAUGUAAUUGUAAUAGACCCACCGUGGCAAAACAAGUCAGUUAAAAGGAGUAACAGGUACGGUUACUUAUCGUCCUGGCAAAUCAAGCAAAUUCCUCUCCCCAAACUGGCAGCUCCCAACUGUCUGGUGAUCACCUGGGUGACUAACAGACAGAAACACCUGAGUUUUGUUAAAGAUGAACUUUAUCCCUGUUGGUCUGUGGAAACGCUUGCCGAAUGGCACUGGGUAAAAAUUACCAGAUCGGGAGAAUUUGUGUUUCCUUUAGAUUCACCUCACAAAAAACCGUAUGAAGGUCUUGUUUUAGGAAGAGUUCAGGGAAGAACCGCUUCGCCGUUGAAGAGUGAGAGGAAACCCGAAGUGGAGGCGUCUCCCAUUCCAGACCACAAGAUAAUCGUCAGUGUGCCUUGCAUCCUCCAUUCUCAUAAACCUCCUCUUUCUGAGGUUCUAGCAGACUACAUCAAGCCAGAUGUGGAAUGUUUGGAAUUGUUUGCUCGCAACUUGCAGACUGGGUGGACCAGCUGGGGUAAUGAGGUGCUCAAAUUCCAGCACAUUGAUUAUUUCGUUGCUUCCGAGAUCGGGCACUGAUUAACGUCUCUCUUCGUCGGGAAUAUUUUUCCCCCGGGGUGCCCUCCCAUCGCCCCAGACCACGUUCCCUUUACUGACCCUCUCUGUUCUUAAGGAGUAAGGUAAAGGGGACUCAAAAUGUUUUAUGGUGGGACAAACUCUCUCCUUGUUUCCGCUUCGGCAUUUCACACUUCAGCUGCACCGCGGUUCCAUUUGUUUUGGACUUGUUUGUGGAGUUGAAGGCGAGGAGAGAGAGCUAAACCCUCUGUAACGGUUUGAGUGGAAACACAAGCUCUGACCCCUGUCUUAGACCCCCAAGAACAUUCUGAAUCAGUAGUGUGCAGACCCCAAAUCGAGCCAUGGCGGCUCUGGAGGUUUUACUGUGGUUUCAGAUUCUGUAGCGGGUCAUUCGUGAACCUUUCUUAAUUUGAUUGAUUUUUUUAAUAGAAAACCAGGUCAUGCCUGUAUUGGACAGAUAGAAGCGUAGGAUGAAAAAUGAUUGGAUUCUGCCUUUGGCUGUCAGGUGGUUUGGAUCUCUAACUCAGCCAUAUUGGCAUCCCCUUCUAAAAUGCGCCCCCCCCCCCCUUUUUUCUUCAAAUAUUUACAAAAAUAAACCUGGAAUUCUCUCAUGGAGGGGCCGGUGUAUAGGGACGGCUCCGAAAGAGAACUCUCCUCAUGCUUUGAGCCGCAGGAGGCAGGAUAUGAAAACUGCACUGGGGGUCAGGGGUCAGAGAAGAUAUCUUGAGGGCAGGAAGGGACACUGGAAAAAGGAGAAACUCUUUCUCAUGGCCUCUAUUGGCGCUUUAUUUCCUCUUAAUACUCCAGUACUGGUUACUCGCCUGUUGGAGAAGGGAUAGGAAGCAGUCCCCGCAGGCCAAAGGAAAUGGUUCUGUGGCACAAAUCCUGCCUCCUCACUCUCCCGGCGGACGGGCCCCUGGAAGCUGAGGUAAUUCAAUAGUAUUUAUUGAGCCCUUACUAUGUGCAGAGCACUGUACUAAGCGCUUGGAACAUACAAUUC